GUGGUGGCGCCUGACGAUGGCAAGGCUGUCCCAGUUCGAGGUCACCGAGCAGUGGUUCUUGCCGUGAGCAUUCUCAUGGACGCGCUCCGGGCCUUCAUCGUGUCUGGAGUUGAGUCGGCUACGUGCCUGCUGUUGCAGGAGAAGUUCGAAUGGAACCACGCUGUCAGGGAUAUUACGCUGAUGAGGCUGUACACGACUCUUGGCAUGCUGGCUGCCGUGCGUUGCGUCAUCUUUCCCACCACAUACCUCGCUGGCGCGCUCAACAUGGGCAUCCUGAACAGCAACGUCUUCCCGGACAGGUCCUUUCUGGACGCCAACAAUGUCAUGCUCAUCAAUGGCCUCAUUUCGAACGGCGUGGGACGCUUUGGUGGACCCGUCUUCUCGAGGUCUCUGAUAGCAGAGCUGGGUCAGAAAGCUUAUGCUGCUUGCCAG